AUGAGCAAGGCUAAGCCUUUGUUCAGGGAGGCCCCUGCGUACAUAUCUCUUUCCCAGCUUGUUCCUCCGGAAAUAAUGUCGCUAGCGCGAAUCGAUACCGAUAUACCGCCACCCAGCCACGAACGUACCAGCUCGCUAUUCGAGUCUGAAUCGGCCGCAGAAGAGCCGAGCGCGUCGGCGGAGGAAUCCAUAGCUGGCGCUACAGAGGCGUUGGAUAAAGUCGUGGCACUUGACCCGACGGUUUUCCUGCAUCCCAUCCGCAAAGACAUCCUUCAUCUUUGUGUCGUCCACCACCUUGAUGGCCUUCGUCAAGGCUCGGCCAACACGAAGACAAGGUCAGAGGUUGCCGGCUCCGGCCGGAAGCUUCGACCACAGAAGGGAACUGGCCGUGCUCGACUCGGUGACAACGGAAGCCCCAUGCUGAAGGGCGGAGGUGUUGCAUUUGGACCCAAGCCGCGGGAUUUCUCGACGAAGCUCCCUCGCAAGGUGAUACAAAUGGGAAUGCGCAUCGCUUUGAGCGCCAAGGUGCACGAAAAGGCUCUGGGAGUGGUGGACACUCUGGACUGGCCAUUGGAGGUUGCGAAGACCAAGGCAAUGGCAAGGCGUAUUGAUGAACUGGGUUGGAGGAGGACAUUGUUCGUGUCGGGUGGACCUACUCUACCAGAAGGCUUGCGCCGCUGUACCAGCAACUUGGAGAACGUCGAUGCAGUUACUGCAGAGGAACUGACCGUCUACGACGCGACACGGUGGCCUCGGUUGGUCCUCGACAUCGACGCAGUGGCAUACUUUGAGCAGACGCUCUCAAGGGCAGAUGUUGCGGGGGGUUGA